GCGGGGGCGUUGGGCGCGGCCGGGGCUGGGAGCGUGGAGGACCCCAGGACCCGACCGGGCCGAGGCCUCCAGCCUCGCUCUCCACUGCAGCCAGGGAGCAGCUUAAGACGCGAGUCACGUGACAUCACCCGUCCGCUUAGCAGGGCUGCCAUGGGCUCGGUGGGCAGCCAGCAACUCCAGGAGCCCAGCGUGGCGAGCACGCCGCACAGGAGCGUGGUGAGGAGCUCCAGCUUCAGCAGCGGCCAGCUGGAGGAGGUGGUGGCAGGGGUCGCCCAGGCCCAGGGCAGUAGGGCCAGGGGCAUCCCGAUUUUCACGGACUCUGAGGGGCCGGCACCUGAUGACCGCUACCACGCCAUCUACUUCGCAAUGCUCCUGGCCGGCGUGGGCUUCCUGCUGCCGUACAACAGCUUCAUCACCGACGUGGAUUACCUGCACCACAAGUACCCAGGGACCUCGAUUGUGUUUGACAUGAGCCUCACCUACAUCCUGGUGGCGCUGGUGGCUGUGCUCCUGAACAACGCGCUGGUGGAGAGACUGAGCCUGCACACGAGGAUCACCGCGGGCUACCUCUUGGCCUUGGGCCCCCUCCUCUUCAUCAGCAUCUGCGACGUGUGGCUACAGCUCUUCUCUCAUGACCAGGCUUAUGCCGCCAACCUGGCUGCGGUGGGCACCGUGGCCUUCGGCUGCACAGCAAUCCAGCUUCUACGGGUACACGGGGAUGCUGCCCAAGAGGUACACGCAAGGGGUGAUGACGGGGGAGAAGUCCUCUGUGAUGUGAGGAGCACGUGCCACACUCUGAGCGUGGGGCUCGAGUGUCUCGCAGCGUCUGCAAGGCAUGCGUUUCGUGUGUGCGUGUGUGUGCAGGGGCAGCUCAUCUACGCCCGUGACGUCAGGCGCCGGCCCUCAGCAUCGAGCUCUCCUCAGAGCCCCACCCCCACUGGGCAACUCAGACUCCCUUUCCCAAGCCCAAGGCGUCAUCCCACCGGCCCCCGCUCAGUGAAGGGCACCCCCUUGCUCACACCUGAGACCUACCCGACACCCAGUUCUCCAAGUCCCUGCAAGUCGUGUGGACCUGCCCUCCGGGGUGACCCCUGCGCCCCAGCCCCGGUCCGAGCAGCCCACUCCCCCUCUUGUCUUGCUGCCCUCCAGCACAGGGGCCGCCCCACCCUCAGCCCAGCCGCAAGCACUUCGGAGCACCUCGUCCAGAUGUCCUCAGUCUUCCUUCCGGGCCUGGAUGGGCCAGGCUCAGCCGUGCUGUGGGGCAGGACUCAGGUGGACUCUGGGCUGAAACGACCCAUGCUCAUUUCUCCCCUUUGGGGGUACUCUGUACCCUCUACGUACGGCACGGCGGGCGUGAUGGUCUCCCUGAGCCGCAUCCUCACGAAGCUGCUGCUGCCCGACGAGCGGGCCGGCACGCUCAUCUUCUUCCUGGUCUCCGCGGGCCUGGAGCUGCUCUGCUUCCUGCUGCACCUGCUGGUGCGGGGCAGCCGCUUCGUGCUCUACCACACGGCGCGGCCCCGGCCCGGCCGCAGGGCCGGCUACCGCGUGCACCACGACGUGGCCGCCGAGGACGUGCACUUUGAGCACCAGGGCCCGGGCCUGGCCAACGGCGGGUCCCCGAAGGACAGCCCAGCCCACGAGGUGACCGGCGGCGGGGGAGCCUACACGCGCUUUGAUGUGCCUCGGCCGAGAAUCAGGCGCAGCUGGCCCUCCUUCCGAGCCCUGCUGCUGCACCGCUACGUGGUGGCCCGCGUCAUCUGGGCGGACAUGCUCUCCAUUGCCGUGACCUACUUCAUCACGCUGUGCCUGUUUCCGGGUCUCGAGUCCGAGAUCCGCCACUGCAUCCUGGGCGAGUGGCUGCCUAUUCUCAUCAUGGCCGUGUUCAACCUCUCUGACUUCGUGGGCAAGAUCCUGGCGGCGCUGCCCGUGGACUGGCGGGGCACCCACCUGCUGGCCUGCUCCUGCCUCCGUGUGGUCUUCAUCCCCCUCUUCAUCCUGUGCGUCUACCCCAGCGGCACGCCCGCCCUCCGCCACCCGGCCUGGCCCUGCGUCCUCUCCCUGCUCAUGGGCACCAGCAACGGCUACUUCGGCAGCGUGCCCAUGAUCCUGGCGGCGGGCAAAGUGAGCCCCAAGCAGCGGGAGCUAGCAGGGAACACCAUGACCGUGUCCUACAUGACGGGGCUGACGCUGGGCUCGGCCGUGGCCUACUGUACCUACAGCCUCGCGCGGGACGCCCACGGCAGCUGCCCCGACCGCUCCGCCGCCAACGCCUCCUUCCCCACUGGCCUCUGAGCCAGGCCUGGGCCCCCGGCCCUGCCCAGGGAGGGCUGCCGGGGCCCUUUCCCACCCCUGCCUGCAGUGCCUGCGGGGCCCCGGCCUCCUCCCUGUGCCAACACCGCCACCCUCUCUGGGCCCACCUGCCCUCACCCCGGCCCCAAGGUUCUGCCGAGUUCUCGGAGGCCUGGACGUGUGGCUGCCCCAGGGUCCCGCCAGCACUGCUCCGCGUCCCGUCUCACGCCGCCCUUUGCCACCUGCGUGUGUCUGGUGGUCCCAGCGCCAGCCAGGACACUGACACACCACCAGCUGGUGUCCCCUUCUGGUGACCCUCACCCGGCUCUGCUUUGAGGGCCCCAUGGCCCCAGCCACACCGUCCUCAGCACCUCCUUCACUGGGGACCCCUCGCCCCCAGGCCUCCCCCAUCCCCGUUCUUAAACGCUGGGUCUCCCCAGCGAAAUGCGUUUGCCAUGAAGGAGCUGUAAGCUCUGGGUCGGAAUGGUUUCAGACCGCGGUCUGCGCUGGCCUUUCUGCACCCACCCCAUGCCAGCACCCCCCGUGCACCCUGGUACCCACCUGAUGCCACAGGCCCGGGGGUCUGUGCCUGCCUGGGGACCCCCGAUGACUUCUCCAGAUCGUCCGCCUGUGAUACAGGAGGCGGACGGUUCGGGGGCCGCAAAGCAGGGCCUACACCCUGGCUAAAGUCAACCUGUGACCUAGGCCUUGAGCUCUGUCCAGGGAGGCCCAAGGAGGGACAGACAUGCCGGAGUCCCUGGCAAGUAGGA